AUGGCUCCUUCCAUCGCUGAGACCGUGUCUCUGCGUACGGCCCCUGCUAAGCCUCUCCGCACUGAGGGAGGCCAUAACAAGGAGAAUUUUGCAGGAUUGAAGAACACCUACAAUCACGACGAUGAGAUCAAAGGCACGACAAAGCAGCCUCCGGCUUCGUUUCCUCAUUACCUUCCCGUCUGGGACAACGAGACCGAGAAAUACCCCCCUUUGACCCCCUUCGAGCAUUAUGACCACGGAAAGGAUGCGGAUCCUACCUUCCCCGACCUCUUGCCCGAAGGCAAGGUUGAACUGGACCAUCUGACGCCCACCAUCGGUACCGAAGUCAAGGGAGUCCAACUGAGUCAGCUAUCAAAAGAAGGAAAGGACCAGCUAGCGCUAUUCGUUGCUCAGAGGAAGGUUGUUGCAUUCCGUGACCAGGACUUUGCCCACCUACCAAUUGACAAGGCCCUUGAGUUCGGUGGAUACUUCGGACGGCACCACAUUCACCAGACCUCUGGAGCCCCGAAGGGCUACCCAGAGAUUCACCUCGUGCACCGAGGUGCCGAUGACAAGAGCGGUGCUGAAUUCCUAGCUCGCAACACAAACUCCAUCACAUGGCAUUCGGAUGUGACGUUCGAGAAGCAACCCCCAGGCACCACGUUCCUGUAUUUCCUGGACGGACCUUCGAGCGGAGGAGACACCUUGUUCGCAGACCAGGCUCAGGCGUACAGACGCCUAUCACCCGAAUUCCGCAAGCGUCUGCACGGGCUGAAGGCUGUUCACUCUGGAAUCGAGCAGGUUAACAACAGCUUGAACCAAGGAGGCAUUGCUCGCCGUGACCCUAUUACCUCGGAGCACCCCAUCGUCCGCACUCAUCCGGUCACUGGAGAGAAGGCGCUUUAUGUGAACCCGCAGUUCACCCGUUACAUUGUUGGGUUUAAGAAGGAGGAGUCAGACUUCCUCCUCAAGUUCUUGUAUGACCACAUUGCUCUGUCUCAAGACUUGCAAACUCGCGUAAGAUGGCGCCCUGGAACCGUUGUGGUCUGGGAUAACCGCGUGACCGCACAUAGUGCGCAGUACGACUGGGAGGACGGUCAGAGACGUCACAUCGCAAGAAUCACCCCACAAGCGGAAGCACCUUAUGAGACACCUUUUGAAGCAUGA